AAACUCGAAUGCUAUUUUACUGUGCAUGCCUAAUCUAAUUAUUCUUAUUUCUUAGGUAGCUGCAUCGUUAAAAUAAUAUGGAUUGGCUCUUCGGAAAUCCUUAGUUAUUUCAUACUUUUUGUGUAAUUUUGGUGUAUUUUGACUUUUUAAAAGAUGGCAUGUCACCAAGUAAACUGUUUGUAACUAAGUGUGUAUUAGGUUAAUUGGUUAUCAAGGCAGGAACAACUUAACAGGUAACUUAAAUCAUAAGUCAAACUGAUAGUUUCAAUUGAUCAUGGACAAAGCAAGUAAGAAAGAUCUUCUAGCCAUCAUAGCCAAACAAGAUGAGGACCUAAAACGUUACCGAACAAGGUUACAAGAUGUUGUAGCGGCUCACAAGAGGCUUAUCAAAGAAAAUGAAGCUUUACAUUUAAGUCUGCGAGUAUUGGGAAAAUCCUCCAGUCAAGAAAUUGAAAUCGAUUCCAGUAAUGAUGAAAUACCUGUUAAUUUAAAGCCUAAAGUAGAAGAGGAUGAAGCGAAUCAAGAUAAUGAGGACGCAGACCAACUAAAAAACCAACUUACAACUUUGAUGAACUCAAUAGCAACUCUGUCGGAAGAGAAGUCUAAAAUGGAAGCCAGUUUUCAGGCUGACAGAAAGCAGAUGAGGACAGAAAAAGAAGAUAAAGAUAAACUCAUCAAAGAUCUUCAAAAACAACUCGAUCAGUCAGCUCGUGCUCAUCAAAAUGAGUUGGAAAACUACAAGUCAAAGCUGAUCGUUGAGAGGCAUCAGAGAGAGAAAGAACACAACGACCAUGGGGUGAUGAUUAGAGAGCUGCAGAAGCUGUUGGCAGAAGAGCGAACAGCUCGUGAGACGAUAGAGGCUGGGGCAGAGGGCGUGCGACGGGAGUGGACGCAAUACCGCAGCGCAGCCGAGCGUAGAGAGCGGGAACUGUCCAACACUGUGGAGGCGUUGAGACGUAAGCUGCGGAGAGAGAAAGACUCGGCCACUCCCCUACUGUCUACACUACAGGAGGAGAUGGCGUCACUCAAGCAGCAACAUAGCAUUGCUCUGCUCAGGGAACAAGAGAGAGCGAGGGAAGCAGAAGAUAGAGCUGCAAAGUUGGCAGCAAUGCAUGAAGAGAGGGUGGCCAACCUGGAGGCGAGGCUGGCGGAACUGUCACAGACUGUCGGCUCGUACGAUAGGCUGCGACAGGACGACCAAGGUGCAAUAUUCAAACUUCAGGAGCGGCUUAUACAAUUGGAGUUAGAGCAUGGGGCAGAAAAAGCAGACACGGACCUAGACGUCUUGAUGGAGAAAUUUCAACACUUGAAGAACAGCAUUGAAGUAGCUAACGAAACUGCUGAGAAGCCAGUUGAUCUGAAAGGCAUUCUGCGAGAGUGGCAGGAGAAGAUGCUGGUGGAAGGUUACACAUCGACGGAUCACUCGUUGUGUCACCAGGAGUAUAUGAGUCUCAAGGCAGAGCUUGAGAGGUGUAAACAACAAGCUGCCUCGUCAAGCAGUGUUACCACCACGACCAACAGUGCCAGUGAUGAGUUUGAACAUCUGAAGAAGCAGAUAGCCUCGCUGAAGGAGAAGAUCAACUUUCUCAACAAUGAGCUGGAACAGACUCAUGCUGACCAUAAGCUGUUGAUGGAGGAACAGAAUAAUGAGUUGAAAAAGGAACGUGCCAGGUGGAAAGAAAAAUUGUCCUCCGUUGAACAGGAACAUCGCAGGCAGUUGGCAACCCUGGAGCAGCAGCUUAGCAAGCAGAGAGAACGUGCUUUAGCUCUUGUACAGGAGAAGGACACAGAGAUCUCUUCUCUCAAGGCUAGCUUUCACACACUGCUGCCAACACGAGCUCACAAACGAUCCCAAUCAUCAGAUAAUGAUGGCAGCGUGGAGCUGGACACUGAAGGAAUGAGCGAAGGACGACACAUGUUGCACUACGCGCACGAAUCUGCACGCUAUCAGGUAGAUGUAGCCAAGCUGCGCAAACAGAGCCACAGACUAGAGACACAACUACGUGACACGCAGAGGGCUGCUGCCGAGGAGAGGGUUACUCUCACCCAAAGAGUCACAGAAUUGCAGAACCAGGUAGACAGGCUGGAGAGAUGUCAGUCGAGAGAAGGAGCCAACUUGGAGUACCUCAAGAAUGUUGUGUUGAGCUACUUGGUGAGCAACGACUCCAGCUGCAAAGCUCACAUGCUCAAUGCUAUUGCAGCUGUGCUCAAGUUUAGUGAACAGGAGCAGCAAAGAGUCAGACAGACCAGCUGGUACACACGGUCCGGCUCACUUGCGUAACAUGAAGCCUUCUUGUUUUUCCUGUGAUUAUUUUACCUUGACUGUAUAAAGUGUAUAAAUAUAACU